CGUCGCCAGCCGCCCAAGUCGCCCCGGCCGCCGUGAGUUUACAGAUACAUAUUGCAAUUGCAAUCGGGCAAGGCUGUCUCCAACUUAAUUCGUCCACUUCCACUUUCACAACAAACAAUAAUAGAUCAUUCUCUUGAACAUCACAAUGCUAAAGAUCAUAUAUCAGAGAUUAUGGAACCUCUCUCCAGGCAGCCCUUUCCUAGAUCCGGAUGCAACAAUUUAAUUUCGACGAUGUUGCUAAAGCAUUACAUUGAGAGAGCAGCAGAGAGAGUGCUAAAGGGACGGUCAAACGUGUCUCUUCACGACUGUGGCAUGAUACUGGAGCAGCUCCGAGAGUCCUGCAUUGGUGAUAUCAUGCAGAAUGAAUUUCAAUCUGCAGUAUGCUGUAAAGAAAAAAAUGACGCUGUUGAGGAAACGAUCAUAUCCAUUGAGGAAGAUCUGAAGGCAGAUGUUAAGAAAUUGGAGAUGGAUGAAGACAGCAGUCAGGAAAACAAUCUUUCGAGUUACUGUAAGCCACAGUUGGAACAUGCACCAUUUCCUAGGAAGGAUGUUCCUGCAAUAGUUUUGUGUUGUGUUCGAGGCUCACUAUGCAAACUCUGCCGAUUGCCAUUUAAAGGUCUAGACUGCCUGAAAAACCUUAUUGACCACACCAAAGAGAAACACUCUGAUAAGGCAAGUCAACAUUUUCUGAAAAAAGUCAUUGAGGAAAACUCAUAUGACAAGAUGCUUGGUGACGGAAUAAUGUACUGUACAUGUUCAAUGUGCAUUCGUAUUGGAAUGGCUAGAUUGGACAAAAGGUAUGAUAAAGCGCGUCGCAUGUGUUUAUAAACGAGUGCCAAAAUAAGGACCGUUUUCAGUCCUGUAGAUCAAAUUUUCAUCCAAUUUUUUUGGUAAAACUAUACAAUAUUUUUAUCUUAACAAGAUGAUGUCAGUCCAGGAAGCAGUGUCUUUAUGUGGAUGAAGUGUAAACACCACACAUAUAGGUUUCCCAAGAAUCUUGCAUUUCCUAUUUCUUUAAAGGUAACAAUUAAGAGUAUCUAUAUCUAUUGCCUGGCAUGACUGUACAGAAAUUUAAAGCCUCAUUAGCAAAUUAUUAUUUCAUAACUGUUCUUAUAUCAUCAUUGAAUUUUUUCCCUCUUUUUUUUAUGGUCACCUUUUGUUGAAAGUUUUCAUUUCAUUUCAAGGGUGAGGACUUGUGAAACCAUUGUGUCGCAUGUAACAUUCUGAAUAAAUCAAGCCUGAACAUGGA